UCUUAUCUUCUUGAACAGAAGGAAAUGCACAGCCCCUUUACUGAGCAUCACGAUGUGCCCAUAAACAUCCUGAAGCACCUUACCUGCGUUGUCCUGAGUUCAUGUCCUAACAUUUUCACCUGUAGCCCUCGCUGAGAUCCUUCUCCUCUGAGCAAAGUCACGCUAGAGAGGUUAAGUAACUUGACCAAGGUCACAGCAUUUAAUGGACCAUGAAGAGAAAGAGGUGGCUCGGGGAGGCUAGACUCAAGCCUAGGGUAAAGCAGCGGACCCACAGGCCCCUCCUCCAUCUCUUACAGCUUUCUAUUAAACUCCAGCCACAUUCUUUAUACCACAUGGCACAGAGACAUGUUGUUUGUUUUAGAGAAAAAGAAGACAAAUUCUUGAAAAAACAUGCAAGUGAGCCUCAAGUGAGUUAUGCAAGUGCUUCUGUCACACCAUAAAACCCCAGAACUUGCUUCGUCCCUGGUCCUGGCACUUUGGCUCCUUGCUGGAGACGCUGCUGUCCGGGCAGCCAAGGCAUACACCUGUUCAGUAGUGGGGCCCAGGAAGCCUCUGUCAGGAAAAUGUCUUUCGCAAAUGCACUUCCUUCUUAAUUAAAAUUACAUUUUGAAAGUAAAAUUAUACAGUGUGUAGAAUAAACAGUACAACAAUAGCUGUGAUUAAUCUGUCACAGAUUGUAUAAUGUGAUGCUAAUAGGAAGAAAUAAACUUCUGCUGAAGAUCAAAGUCAUCUCUGCACAUGGAGAACUUUUAAAAUUAGAAUGCCAAUAAAUGCGUCUCCAUCUUGAGAGGAAAAGUGCUUCCCGCUUGCAGAAUGAAGCAGAGAAGGCAGCCCGAGGACAUCCCACAGCUCAGAGGAACUGGGAGCUGGCGAGCAGGAGCAGUAAAAGCCCUCUUUCUCUAGGCUUGCUCAGUGAAAUCUCCCUUAAUCUGCCCCGUACUGGUUCAGUCCCAUCCAGGGCAGCCUAAGGCAGGGUACAUGUACAUGGGUUGAGUAUGGUAUAUGCUAGGGUCAUCACGUGUGCCCGGGUGUAGCAGAAGAGCACAUGUACCCAAAUCUGUGUGAAAAAAAACCCUUACCCAGACCCUCUCAUACUUCAUAGGGAGGUGUCAUUUUCAUUUACAGGCUUUGGACUUGGGACAUAUUAUAGGAAAUAGGAGAAGAAAAGGUGAUUAUUUUAAGAAGAAAAUAUGACUAUGCACACUUGGCUUACAACUACAGAAGGGGAGAGAACUGGUUGAUGAGCACCCAUGUACACAUCCAGAGUUCUGGCCUGUGGUCGUGCAGUGCAGAGGGCCGGAUGGCAUGCUGGACCCAAACUCAGUUCAGUGUCUGGGCCCAAUAACAGCAUUGCCAAAGGAGCAGCUUUCUAUCCUGGCCACACUGAGGCGCACAGCGUAAUGUCCAUGUUGUUCUACACUCUGAUCACAGUGUUUUUGAUCGGCAUCCAGGCAGAACCAUAUUCAGACAGCGAUGUCCUAUCGGGAGACACCGUCCCCCAAGCCCACUGGACUAAACUCCAGCACUCCCUUGACACAGCCCUCCGAAGAGCCCGCAGCGCCCCUGCUGCACAGAUAGCUGCCCGGGUGGCAGGGCAGAACCGCAACAUCACUGUGGACCCCAAACUGUUUAAGAAACGGCGACUGCACUCACCCCGUGUGCUGUUCAGCACCCAGCCCCCACCCCUGACUACAGACAUUCAGGAUCUGGACUUGGAGGUGGACGGUGCAGCUUCUGUCAACAGGACUCACAGGAGCAAGCGGUCAUCCACCCACCCGGUCUUCCAUAUGGGGGAGUUCUCAGUGUGUGACAGUGUCAGCGUGUGGGUGGGGGAUAAGACCACAGCCACGGACAUAAAGGGCAAAGAGGUGACCGUGCUGGCAGAGGUAAACAUUAACAAAAAUGCGUUCAAACAGUACUUUUUUGAGACCAAGUGCCGGGUCCGUAGUCCCGUGGACAGCGGGUGCCGGGGCAUCGACUCCAAGCACUGGAACUCCUAUUGCACCACGACGCACACCUUUGUCAAGGCACUGACCACAGACGACAAUCAGGCUGCCUGGCGCUUCAUCCGCAUAGACACGGCCUGCGUGUGUGUGCUCAGCAGGAAGGCAGCGAAGCAAGGCUGACCCUCCCGAAGGCCCUGGUCCCCACCUCCCCCUCCACACUCCUGGGCCCCUCCCUACCUCAACCUGUAAAUUAUUUUAAAUUAUAAGGACUGCAUGGUAAUUUAUAGUUUAUACAGUUUUAAAAAAUCAUUAUUUAUUAAAUUUUUGAAGCAUCCCGU